UUUUGAAUUGCCGUAGCAACAUCUCACACUUCCUCGAUUAUCCCGUAUGCAUUACGAUGGCAACUCCUGAUUCGAUAGUCGCCGUUCAGAUGCUGCCUGUAACCAAACAGGAGGUGGACAAACGACAAGAGGAUGACAUUACACACGAAUCUAGACGGUCAUCUAGACCGAAAACGAGCAAACACGAGAGACAACCUUCAGAGACGGACGAACUCAUCCGGAUGUUGCAAGAAGCUUUGAAUGUAAGCCACACUGACGCAGAAACCAAGCCUCGCACCGCCUCAAGAUUGACGCCAGAUCGUUGCAGUACAUCACUUCAACCGUCUGUUGGCGUGAUAAAGAGAAAGGGCUCGUCAUUGUCUGUCGAAAACGUGAAGAAAAUUGAGAAGGAAAAUGCGCGGUUGCUGGUGAGGUUGACGGAGAUGACGGGAAGGAGGCGCGUGGCUGGCACUGCUAAGAGAGCGUUGCCCUCGUCUGUGGUGAAUAGACGACGAGAAGGCGAGAGAAUCAAGAGAGAAAAUGCGGCAAUGUUGCAACGUAUUCAGUCUGCCAAACCAAGUCGAGAUGUGAGUCGCGAAACUCACAAGAAACACUUCAGUGCCCACCAAAGGUACUCACAAAAUGCAUCACGUCUCCAUGGUUACGAAAACCAGAAGACACCAAAGAGACCUUCAUCAGCCAGACGAGCAGAAGUCAGUCGAGAAAGAGUAGAAACUCAAUAUACGUGGGAAGCAGGAUGGUAACGAAUAGAAUUAGAUUGUCGUUGAGUUUCUUGUACAAAAAUUAGGAAAACAGAGUGAACAAUGAGAAUGAGGUAAACGAGCUAAGUAAGAGUCGUUUUAUAGUCUAAUUCAGAAGCAAUAUAUGGAAGCUGUAUUUAUGUGUGUUGGAGUUGUACAUCUGUAGUUGUGUGGGUGAUGGACAUGUGCAUAUGCUAUGUGUGGAGAGGCAGACACACAUGAAAACGG